UUCCACUCGGACUCGGGGAGCGCCACUGGACCUCAUAAAUUUUCACAACUGAGGUUGAAACACUACGGAAAAGAGCCAAGGCCCUUGCGUGCUUCCUAGAGAAAGUUGGCCGCCAAUGUGGACGAUCAAGUGACGGCCAAACGCGUGGAUCCUUCGUGACGGUCGCAGGGAGGUUUUGGUGUGCGAGAAGGGAUCGUUUCGGACCGGGUGUACGGGGCCGGACAAAGGGUCCUGGGAAAGUCGGGCAGCGAGGGAGAUCGUCUUUCCACAGGCGUUGUGUGCUGGGUUGUGUGAGAUCAAGUUUCCUGUGGAAUGAUCAUGGCAGCGUGGCAGAGGACUUUGCUGCCUUUCGGGGCUCUUUUUGCCUUCCUGUGUACGUGUCUGGCCGACCUGAGACCGUCCACGGAGUGUAAGGACGCCCUCACGUUGUAUAUCACGAAAACUUCCAACUUGAACUCGGUGACGGAGAGGGCAGUACCCGGGGAUCAGCUGAGAAAUAUAUGUCCUCAGGGGCAGACGUGUUGUACGGAGGAGAUGGAAGAAAAGCUUGCCUUGCAGAGCCAUGUGGACUUUGAAAAGCUAGUCUCAGAAAAGACUGCAUUUCUCAGAAGCACUUUUAUAUCAAAAACAGAAAAAUUUGAUGCAUUUUUCCAAGAAUUGCUGGACAAUGCAGAAGCGAGCUUACACCAAAUGUUCGUGCGCACGUAUGGAGUGCUAUACGAGCAGAACUCAGAAGUAUUUACAGACUUGUUCGCAGAGCUGAAGGCGUACUACAGCGGGGCGAACCUGGACCUCCUGGAGGUCUUGGACGACUUCUUCGCCAAGCUCUUGCAAAAGAUGUUCCAACUUCUCAAUGCCCAGUACACGUUUGACGAGCAGUACUUGGAGUGCGUCAGCCUGAACAUGGAGGAGCUCAAGCCCUUUGGGGACGUGCCGCGGAAGCUGUCCAUACAGGUCAAGAGGGCGUUUAUUGCUGCCAGGACGUUCGUGCAGGGAUUGCAGGUCGGGAGGGAUGUGGUGACCAAGGUGUCCCAGGUGCUGCCCACCACGGAGUGCGGCAGGGCGCUGAUGAAGAUGAUGUACUGCCCCUACUGCCAGAACAUGCCCGAGGUCAUGGCCUGCAACAACUUCUGCCUCAACGUCAUGAAGGGAUGUCUGGCCAACCAGGCCGACCUGGAUGUAGAGUGGAAUAACUACAUCGAUGCUAUGCUGAUGGUGGCAGACAGAUUAGAGGGUCCUUUCAACAUCGAGUCCGUUGUGGACCCCAUCGACGUGAAAAUCUCGGACGCCAUCAUGAACCUACAGGAAAACAGCAUCACUGUCUCCUCCAAGGUGUUCAGUGGCUGUGGCGAGCCCAAGUUUGGGAAGAUGAAGCGAGAAGCGGGCCAGCCCGUGCGGGACGGCUUCCGAGGUGGGUCCUCCUUCACCCAGCUCAGCAGCCGCUUCCGGGCGCCCAACUCGGACGAUGAGAGACCGACAACCGCGGCCGGAACGAGCCUGGACCGACUUGUCCGCGACAUCCGGGACAAGAUCGAGCUGUUCAGGGAGAUCUGGUCGAGGCUGCCGUACUCCAUCUGUAACGACGAGAAGAUCGCGGCACCCGCGGGAAACGACAAGAACUGCUGGAACGGGCAGUUCAAAGGAAGAUACCUGCCGGAAGUGAUGGGCGACGGUCUGGCCAACCAGAUCAACAACCCUGACGUGGAGGUGGACGUGAGCCGGCCGGAUGCGCUGGUCCGCCAGCAGGUCACGCAGCUCAAACUCAUCACCAGUAAACUCAAGAACGCCUACAACGGGCUGGAUGUGGACUGGAUAGACAGCUCCGAUUGGACGAGCAGCGGAUCUGGUAGCGGCAGCGGAGACGGCGACACGGACAUCUGGUUCAGCACGACACCGCCAAGCACGGACAAAAUCAACAGCAGAGCGUCACAGUCGGACGCCACGGUGGUACGGCCCGCCCUCACCCUCCUCCUCCUGCCCCUGGCGGCCUUGCUGUUGUGUCUGCGGUCCUUAUGAUCGUCCACACGACGCGUCCACAACUGUACAGACUGAAUAAUAUUGAAGAGAUGCAACUGGCACACCGUUGUCUUUGGAAGGAUGUACUACUAGAAGUGACCCUGAUGUGAUAUAUAUAUGAAUAAUAAUAAGACAGCCCUAGAAGAAUGAGACAAGAUAUGAUGAUGAUAAAAAUUAAACCGGAGGAUUGUACACAAAGCAAUGGUGAGAGGCUCCACUUGGAAAUAGUGUGACUCUUUCAAGAUGAAAAUUUAGAACAGAAUACGAUUGUUCAACUGGAUCCUCUUACCCUUGUAAUGCUCUUCUUAGUACACACUUCAUGUGAGAAAAAUGGGAGAAAAAUGUUAAACUCCACAAACCACCGCUAGGUCGGGAAUGAUCUUGUAUGUUGAACUCUGACAAUUAGUCCUCAAUGUGUUCACAGGACAUGCAUCUGUGUGUGUCUCCGUGUUCUGUCGCUGGUGUAUCCUUGCUUUGUGCACGUACAUUGUACAUUUCUCCGUAACCUGGCUUCUUGUCACCUGUGAUUAGUGUAAGGGGACCUCCUCCCUCCGUGUACGAUACCUCAACUCUAUGCCUUCACUGUAGAUUAUGCACUGCCAUGCAAACUGCAAUGGUGAAGACAUUAAUACAUGUAUGCUUCCAAACACUGCGAGAUUGGCUGUCAACCUGCCAGCUUUGAUGUGGUACAGGUCAUCACAAUGGACCAGUUAGGUGCAUGCACUGAUCGUGUGACGUGUGGACGUCACGACGUACCUUUAUGCCACUGCUGUAUAAAAACGAAAACUACCAGUAACGUGUGCCCUGCAAUUUUGUACAGUGAACUCAUGCAAAACAAGUUGUCGACAUACGGACCAAUCCGACGUGUAAAGUAGCUCCUAUUUGUCGAUUGUCAUCAUGGCAGUUCUGAAAAAUAGGAUUGUCCAAUUGUGUGCUCUGGCUUCUGUGGCUUCUUAAAAAAAUGAUACUGUUUUCUCUUUUUCGUUUGGGAACACUGUAAGUUAGCUCAGGGUGGUUUGAAUACCUGUUUUUGUGAGAGUGUCGUAAACAAUUCUGUGCUCACUGCACAGAAAAGCGUUAAAAUUGAGCAUCAGAAACGAAGGGAAGCAUGUUCCCUAUCCAGCUCUGUGGCCGGCCGAGCCACCCAUAUCUUGUCUAUAGAAAUAAAACAUGUAAAUAUAUUUAGUUGUCAAUUAUCAUGUGGCACUGAUAAGUUAUCUCGAUACUUAGAGACAAUUUUACAAGAUUUUCAAAAAGAGUCAAGCAUAUCUGUUAACAUAUCUUGACAUAGACUUUUAAACACCUCAUAAUAAUAUACCACUUUUUCUGUCAGCCAGUACUGUAUAGUUUCGGAGGCUAUAGUAAGUAAACUUUAAUUUCAGUCUUAAUGUUAUUAUUAUUAUUCAGAGUCACCUAUACCAUAAGGCUGUGAGAUGUGUAGACUUCGGAAAUGAAAGUCCUGCAAUGGGAAACUGACAGAUGAAGAUGACUUGAUGGGUAACGACUUAAGUAUUAUAGCUGACAUGCUGGUCAUGGGGACAAUUUUUCCUUCAAAGCUUUCUGUUUUUGUCCCCUCCAAAGUAAGAAAUUAUAAAAUUAUCCUUUGCAAUCUUAUGUUUUAAACAUUCAGCAUGAAAAAGGUAAUGUGGACCUGUUUUUGUAUAGCUUAUAGUUGUUAUCACCUGAGCAAAAUUUGAAUAAAGAAAACAAUUUACUCAAGUGAAAACAGUUAUAAGGAAUAAGACUGUUUUAAAGAUAAGAUUGCAAAGAGAUUUGUUUAAAAAAAAGAGAAGUUCUGGAUUGUGAUUGGCUGGCCCAGUUGCAGAUUGUGUAACAUUUCGCUGAAUCUGACAUAUCUAAAUGUUGGAGCAAUAAUUUAUUCAAAAGUUUUAAUUCUUUUAAACUUCAAAAUAAAAUAAAUAUUCAACAUGCAUUUUAAGCAUUUUAAACUGGAACCAUAUAAGAAAUAGUUGCAUCAUUAAUUAGGACAAAUGAAGGAAACUAAAUCUUGAUUCUAGAACAUGUCAAACAGUUUUUUUCCAAUUUUGAUUCUGGUUGAAGAAGACCAGUGAAAUGUACACAAAAUUUUGACUCCGCGAAGUAAAAUGUAUUAAGGGACAGGAACAGAAAUCUUUGUAGAACAUGUGGGAAAUGCAUUUUCCCUUUGACCUGCGUGUUAUGAUUGUGAUUAGUGUAGAAUAGAGACGUGUCCUAGCAAUGUGUGAAAAUAAGGAUUGUAAAUAAAAAGAAGUGAGCAAGUCUACAAACAGUUUAUUCCCACUUCUGCUAGUGCUACUGUUGAAAUAGUGGUGCGAACAGAAUUCACAUGGCCCAGUCAUCGUUUUGUAUGAUAUCUGAUGGUUAUCAUAUUGUGCUACAAGCAGUUGAGUUGACUUCUGUACUGGUGACAUUUUCUUAAGUUGGCAAGAUCGCAUUUAGUGAUCUUCUAGCUCGUAUGAUUGGACCACAAUAUGCAUGAUGAUGUUCAGUGUUCAAGUCAGACUCAAGGGCUUAUUAUAUCCCUGUAUUUGAUGUGUCCUAAGUCUCUAUCCCUCCAACUUUUGUAAAUAUUUCCGAGUUUGUAUGUAGGCACCAUGUACCGAAGUUGUGAAUUCAUCUCAAUAUAUAUACUCAGUGCAAGACUCGUUUUCUUUGACUCUUCAUGUUACGUUUAUUAAUAACAACACAACAUCUAGCCCAGUGUAUUUUCAUGUUACACUUUUUUCUACAUAUAUUUUGCAGCUCAGUUUAGUUGGUCUAGCAAGAUGUGUAUGAUAAUGUCAUUCUACUAUAAGAGGAAAAAUAAAACCUUUGUAUCCACAUGGUACUGAA